UAUGGACGCUUCCUCAGGGCUUUGUUUGUUUACUUUACUAGGUUAUUGAUAAUUGAACUUGAACCAUACCACAAUGAAUGUUAAAGUUCUAUUAUUGGAAUUACGCGUCACAGUUUCCUCAUAUAAGUCAUGUUAAGUGAAUAAACAUCAUUAUUUCUUGCUGGAGCAGUCUCGAAGAAACACCUUCAAAUUACCACGAUAUGUGUUCUCAUACAUAUUCUCACGAGCUUAAAUACCAAGACUUUUUAGAACUUGUCAAGAAAAGUGACUUUGAGAAAACAGUUCAGCAAGAGCACGAGGAAAUUCUUCGCAAGAAAGUGGAUGGAAAGUUUACAGAAGCUAGGAAGAAAGAAAACUUACCUCUCAACAGGUAUGGGUACCUUCCCUGUUUUGACCACUCGAGAGUUGUCCUUCCAGUUGAAAAAAAACGAAGUGACUUCUUCAACGGCAAUUAUGUUGACGGCUUUGACCAGACCAACAAAUUCAUAUUGACGCAAGCUCCUUUGCUGCAUACAAUGUAUGACUUUUGGCGCACGAUAUGGAUGCAUCACUGUCGGAUAAUUGUGAUGCUCUGUGAGAAGACAAUCUUCAAUCGGAACGAUAAGUACGAUGCAUACUGGUGUUAUCAAGAAGGAUAUCUCAAGUGCAUGAAAUUCAAAAUUACAACUACGAAGGUUGAAGUACAAUCAAAUUAUGUUAAGACAACAUUAGAGGUGACAGAUGGAACCAAGGCUACGCAAGAAGUCUUGCACUUUGUUUUCACCACGUGGCCUGAUUCUAAAUUACCAGUCAGUGCUGAGGACUUCUUGGAUUUUAUUUUAACUGUGAGACGUAAUUAUGAUGAAAUCAAGGCACAAUUAACUCAAAAACCAUGCAAGUUCCCUGAUCCUCCAAUAGUAGUCCAUUCUAAGAGAGGUAUUGGUAGGUCAAGUACUUUCUGUGCUUUAUUUAUUGAAAUAUCUCGAUUUAAUAAGACUCGAAUGGUUUCUUUAGCGUCUACAGUAUCUCAGAUACGCACAGAAAGAUAUAAUGCUCUCUCUAACUUUAGUUAUUACUUUUUCUGUUACCAAGUCUUAGCAUGUUAUGUUAGUAUCGUUGGACAAGGAAGGAAUAAAUUACGGGGACUAAUUGUUUUUUAUCGUUUACCUUUAUUUAAAAAAUGGGCUGUUCCAAAUUUUUUUACGUUGUACAAUAGUUAACCAUGAGAGUAAACAAUCAAUUAAUAUGUAAGAGUAUGAAGUAUAUAAUUUUAAGCUUAUAGGUAACUGGAGUGUGAGAUACGUUUUAAAUUGUAUACUUAUUUCAUAAGCAGUCACAUUAUAAAUUAAAUUGUACAUAUAUCAUACAUGUAUUAUUUCAUUAACAAGGAAAACCAAGUUGGUAUUCCCACGAAAAACCCAAUAUCCUUAUCACUCUUUUAACGAGACGUAAAGUCAAAAUAGCUAUCAAAUAGUGCAAAACAACUGCGCGUUCAAGAUUCUAUAUUACACAACUAUAGCUUAUGAGCUGCCUAUAUUAUCUGGAUUAACUUACAUAACUAUUUUAAACUUUUUCCUUCCACUAAUAAGAUGUGUUCCAAAAUUUUGUAAGACAACGCAUACUGUUCUGAUAGAAUAACACUAGAAUGUAUUUGACUUCUGAUUUUCACCACUGUGCGAGGAAGUGAAACUUUUUUUUUUUUAAAUAACUCUAUUACUGCGCUAUCUAUAACACAGAAGGUUUCCAUCCAACCUGUGCCUGAAGGAGAAUGAACCACAAUGGGUCCAGGCAUUAAGAAAUCAUUUUCAGGGUAUUCAAUUAGCAUGUACUGUUUCCGGUGAACUGCUCUUCGGAAAUUCAAAAAUUCUUUCAAGUCUGUGGAAGAG